AUAUCGAUUUAUCUGCGAGCAGCUUGUCAUCCCUGACUUCCAGCCUGCGCACACAGUUAGCAGCUAACAGUUAGCCUCCGCAGAUACAGCCGACUAGCAUCACACACCUACAGCCAUGGCAGACCCAAGAAUACGACAGAUUAAGAUCAAAACUAACAUCGUCAGGAGGCUGGUGAAAGAGGAGAUUUCAUACAAAAAGGAACUAGUGCAGCAGCAGGAGAAGGUUGAUCGCAUGAAAGCAGAGGCAGGAGAUGAAUAUGUCCUCAGGAAGCAGAUUGAGGUGUUGCAGGAGUCCAAAAUGAUGAUCCCAGACUGCCGCCGUCGUCUGACGAAAGCACAUGAAGAUCUGGUUCAGAUUUUAGAAAUAGAAGCGGAUUUGGGCGAAUCAGAGGAGUACAAAGAGGCCAAAAACGUAUCGGACUCAGUGGAGCUUGAAGGAUGAUUUCUGAUCUGUUUCUGUUCUCACUGUGAGAUUCACUUGCUUUAAAUGUCCAUUCCUUUCGUCAGGCCCUGUUUGGAACCGUGGCGGCAAACUGAAUCCAUUCAGCGUCUCUGUUCUUGAUGUAAUUAUUUCUACUGUUUACUGUUAACGUGCCACCACAUUUGAUCACACUCCUCCUGUGUGUGUAAAAUCCCACAAGAACACGAUAAAACAUUCACUUUACUACAGCCGAGGAGUAGAGGGGUUCUUUCUUAACAUUUUAUUCGUCAUACUGAUACACAAUCUGGACUUCAUAGACAUGGUUACAUCAUGCUGUUCUCAUACACCGUUCAUAGCUAUACCUACGAAAAAUGAUGCACUGUAAUUCGUGUAUAUCCCACGAUAUCAAUCUGUAUGUAAUCCACGUCAUCGUCAACUAGAAAAAAUGUAGGGUUGACCUAAAUGCUUCGAAACUUCAACCAUGGCCACGAUAUUCGACCUCCAAAUCACUAUUUUAUAUGAGUAUGUAAUACUAAUGUAUAAAUCCCAAAAUAGCUCAU